CGAGCUGAAACUUGUCACCGGAGUGCAAGACGUGACUGCGAGCCAGGAACCAGCUAUAAAGCCUGCAGAUGUCUCCGUACUCAAACAGUGUCGACAUUCAGUUCAAUCACAAUGCCUUCACAGCUGGUUACUCUCCUCCUAGCAGCAGGCCCUGCCCUGGCUCUGCCCACCCACGUCCUCAACACCGACUUCCCCGACCCAGCCGUCCUCCAAACAGACCAGGGCUACUACGCCUUCGCCACCCAGGGCAAUGGCGUCCGCGUCCAAGUCGCCCGCUCCGACGACUUCACGACCUGGUCUCUCCUCGAAGGCACAGAUGCCAUGCCAGGCCCAUUCCCGGAGUGGGUGAACCAGGACGACCCGCAGAUCUGGGCGCCGGAUGUCAUCCAACGCGAUGAUACAUUCAUCAUGUACUACUCGGCUAUUUCCGGCACAAACGGAAACAGGCACUGCGUCGCCGCUGCAACGUCCUCCUCCAUCGAAGGGCCCUACACGCCCGAAGCGGACCCCAUCGCCUGCCACACGGACCAAGGCGGCGCCAUCGACCCGAUGGGAUUCCAAGAUGAGGACGGCACGCGCUACGUCGUUUACAAGGUCGACGGGAACAGUCUAGGCCUGGAUUCUACGCCGUUGAUGCUGCAGAAGCUGCAGGGUGAUGGGCUGGGCCUUGAUGGGGAUCCUGUUCCGAUCCUGGAUAGGGAUGACGAGGAUGGCCCGUUGAUUGAGGCGCCUAGUCUGCUUAAGGUGGAUGGUACGUAUUAUUUGAUGUUCUCGUCGAAUAUGUAUGAUAGUCUGAACUAUGAUGUGAGUUAUGCGACGGCGCCGGCCGUUGCAGGGCCGUAUACCAAGGCUAAAGACCCGGAUGCGCCGCUGCUUGUUAGUGGGGAUGCAGGGAGUGAUGGGAAUUUGGGAGGGCCUGGUGGUGCGGAUUUCUUGGACGCGGGGAGGAUCGUCUUCCAUGCGUUCAAUAAUGGGCAGGAUAUUGGUAGUGGACGGGGGAUGUGGAUUGCUGAUAUUGCGAUUGGGGAUGGAAAGAUUACUAUCGUGUAGUUAAACUAGGUAUCGCUA